AUGUUGUUCAGAGCAGUAGUGCAGCACGCCCUCAGGCAGGGAAAGAGCCGAGCUGCGGCGCCGGUGGCCCUGCUGCCCGGCGUCGGCGUCGUCGGCGCCGGCCGCUUCUCCACGGCCGCAGCAGAUGACUCGCAAAGGCUGGCUGGAAAGGUGGCGCUGAUCACCGGCGGCGCGAGCGGCAUCGGCAGGGCGACGGCGGCGGAGUUCGUCCGGCACGGCGCCAAGGUGAUCCUCGCGGACGUUCAGGACGACCUGGGCCGCGCCGUCGCCGCAGAGCUGCGCGGCGGCCCGGACCCGGACGCCGCCGCGCCCGCCGCGGUCUGCCACUACACCCGCUGCGACGUGGCGGACGAGGCGCAGGUCGCGGCGGCGGUGGACCUGGCUGUGGCGCUCCACGGUCGCCUCGACGUGAUGUUCAGCAACGCCGGGGUCAGCGGCUGCCAUACACCUGUCCCCGUGGCCGCGCUGGACCUGGCCGACUUCGACCGCGUCAUGGCGGUGAACGCCCGCGCGGCGGUGGCGGGCGUCAAGCACGCCGCGCGCGUCAUGGUGCCUCGCCGCGCGGGGAGCGUCAUCUGCACGGCCAGCGUCGCGGGGGUGCUCGGCGGCGUCACGGCCCAGCCCUACAGCGUCUCCAAGACCGCCGUGCUGGGCCUCGUGCGCGCCGUGGCUGGGGAGCUCGCGCGGUCCGGCGUGCGGGUCAACGCCAUCUCGCCUACUUACAUCCCCACGCCGCUCGUCAUGGGCGCCAUGGCCGAGUGGUUCCCCGGGGUCACCGUCGAGGAGCGUAGGCGGAUCGUGGAGAAGGACAUGAACGAGAUGGAGGGCCCGGUGCUCGAGGCGGAGGACGUGGCGAGGGCGGCGCUGUACCUGGCGUCCGACGAGUCCAAGUAUGUGAAUGGCCACAACCUCGUCGUUGACGGCGGCUACACGGUGGGGAAGGUGCCCAACAUGCCACCACUUGGACACUGA